UCUCUUAUUACCGCCCACAUUUUAGGGUUCUUGAGCUCCUCUAGGGCGAUUCCAUCGAUUCUCUGUAUUGCAGCCAUGGGGAGGGUCGCGGCAUCGCCCAAGCGCGAGGAUCCGCCGCAGACGCCCGCUGGGAUGGCCGGGAGCCAUCUGAACAACAUCCCGCUGAGCGUGGCGAUGGAGAGAUUGGGGCUUCGCUCGCAAAUGCGUGACAAUGGGCCAGUCGUCUUUGAUGGCCUCCAGCAGCAGCAGCAGAUUGGGCGGCGAUCCAAGCUCGUCCAGGAGAAGGCGGCCAUGGACAAGGCGAUCAUCGAGAUCAUUACCAGCGGCCAGUGGGAGCGAUUGGAGCCCAACUCGAGCAAAUCCAUCGCGGUGGGGAAUCACCAUGUCUGCGUGAGCUACGAUGAAGAGAUGGAGGUGGGAUAUCGGACGUGGGAGUGGCACGGCCAUAUGCUUCUCUACGACGAGGAGGAAGGGAUGUACAAGCCCGAGUACGUCUAUGGGAAUUACUUCGAGCCUCUCCAGGGAGUUCUCAAGAUCGCCUCCAACGUUGGGAUCAAUGGAAUGGAGAGGAUGAUGUCUCUCUUGGGAAGGCAGCACCGCUUCUACUAAUGAUCGAUCACUUUAGUUCUGGAAGAGUAGCACCGCUUGUGGUAGUGCUUCUUUCGUAGAUUGAGUCUUCUAAUAUCGUUGAAUUGUUUGUUUCAGGUUUGCAUUGUCUUUCGAUACUCGAUCGAAGUUUCCAAAAGCUGGUCUCCGUAGAAAUGUAGAGGAUUAUAAUAGCUUUCUUUCAGAAUGUAAGUUUUGUCCAGUGGGAUCUAUUCUAAACAAAUCUUAAUAAUUAGGGGAUGUAGCUAAGUUAGUACUAAGAAGGUAUCUCUUUUGUUAUUUAGUCUAUUCAAAAAUCAAAACCUUGUUUUCAAAA